AUGACGCGCUUCCAUGUGACCGCAACCGGUCAUAGUCUAAACUACCUCCCUGAAUACAUCGCUACCAGGCACGGUUUCUUCAAAGAGUUAGGACUGGAGGUCUCCGUUACUGUACCCCAGCCUUGGGAUUUGGUCCUCGACAAACUCGCCGAUGGCACCGCCGACGCUGCGCUCGGCGGCAUCUGGGUCCCGUCCAUGUACCGCAACACGGUCAAAGAGUACACAGCCUUUGCACAAGUCUCAAACCGAUGUCCCCUCGCUUUGGUCAAGCGCGGUGAUUCAACGGACUUCAACGUGGCCGAAAUUCGCGGAAAGACUGUUCUCAUGAAAUCCGGCAACGGAGCUAGCGUGGGACUCUUUUUCAAGAUGCUAUUGAAAGAGAACGGUGUCGAUCCGAAAUCCGUCGAUUACAUUCAAGACCUGGAUGGUGUUAUGUUAUCUAAACUUUUCCAAGGUGGAAUGGGAGACUAUUUUGUGAUAGACAACGUUUCGGCCCGGAUCAUGGUCGAGAAGAACCCGAAGCUUUCGCUCGCGAUGGAGAUGGUGAAGGAUGGAGGCGAGAUCCCCUGGAGCGUGUACUACCGCGAGACGGCUACGAUAACACCAGAAGUUCUUGAUGCUCAGAAGAGAUUUUGCAUUGGCUUGGACAAGGCUAUCAAAUGGAUACUUGAGCAUGACGCCGAAACCUUCAAGGAGGAGCUUGCAGAGCUCUUUCCCGCUGCUCCUGUUGAUAUCCUUGUCGACCUGACGAAUAACUAUCGUCGCCAUAACAUGUGGACAACUCCCUCAGUUUCACGUGUGGGAUAUGAGCGUUGGCAGCUUGGUAUAGCAGAUGGACGACUGGUCAAGGACCCAUUUCCCUACGAGACGAUUGUGAACGACGGACCAGCGUCGGCCGCAAGAUCGACUUGA